AUGUUCUCCUUCAAUAACCAUUCAACAUCUCUUCCUUUAAUCGACGAAGACGAUAUCAUACCAUUUAAUUCAAGUGAAUAUGAAAAAAUUUCUGUAACAUCAUCAAAUAAUACAAGUAUACAUUUUGAUAUUAAUACUUCUUUAAUUAAUCGUAAACGUUCAAGAUCACCUAAUAUUAAUAUAAAUAUAUAUCCAAUAUCAUUAAAUUUAAAUAGAAAAAUGCUUAAAUCUAAACGACGUAGGUCAUUAAAUUAUUUACCUUCUAAUCUUUCACCUUCAACAUUUUAUUAUUCAUUAACAAAUAUAAAUGAUUAUGAUGAUAAAAAAAUAAUUAAAAAACAAAAAAAAACAUUAUCAAAAUUAGAUAUUGGUUAUGCAAGUGAAGAUGAUUAUGAAAAUAAAAAAUUAAUAUUAACAACAAUAAAAAAAAGUCAAAGUGAUAGUAAAAUUCAAUUAAAAAAAUCAACAACUAAUAUUUUAUCAUCAUUAACACAAUCAUUACCAUUAUUUCAACAUAUUCAUUUAUUACCAAAAUGGUGGAGAUAUUCAAUAACAUCAGCAUAUGAUACAUGUUCAAAUCCAGAUAUUGAUAUGAGUAUUGAAGAAACAAAAAAAUCAAAAAUAAAACCAUCUUUACUUAUGUAUAGUAAAAAAUAUACAAAAUUUAAAAAAUAUAUUGAACAAAAAUCUACUUUAAUAUCAAAUUCAUAUGAUGCAAGUACAGAAUAUACAGAUCAAGAACAAUCAGAAAAUGAUGUUGAUACUUUAUCAUCAGAUUUAUUAUCAUUAUCACCAAUUAAUCAUUAUCAAAAUUCAGAUUCUUUAUUUUAUAAUCGAUAUACAACAACAACAACGACAACUGGUUAUUCAUCAGAUAUUGAACUUGAAACAACAACGAUACCAUCUAAAAUCGAAGAUCAAUCAUUGUUAUAUCUAGGUGAAAUAUCUCAGAUGAACACUCAUGCAUUAACUUUAUCGCCAUCAAUAACUUCAAACGAAGUCGAAUCAUCGAAUACACUAACAAUAAACGAUAAAAUAGAAAGUUCUGAACCAUGUUGGGAUGGAUAUCAAAAUCCGCUUUUUUAUCCACUUAAUUCACAAGAUAUGGAUUCAAUGGAAACAAUACUUAAAUGGGAUGAUCAAUUUUUCGAAAUAGAUCAACUGUCUAAUUCAACAUCCGAUGAUGAUGGUAUACAUAUUCAUGAUAAUUUCAAUCGUCCUUCUUUAUGGAAUAACAAUAGUUCAUCAAUAUCAUUAAUAACAAGCAUAACAAAUAAACAACAAUUUGAUUCAGAUUCUGAUUUAGAUGAUUUUAAUUAUGUUAUAAAUGAAAGUGAAAAACAAUUAUUUAAAACACGACAAAGUUUAGAAAAGAAAAAACGACAACAACAACAACAAUCAAACUCCCAUGAUCGUAACCAACGAAAAUAUGAUGAAAUACUUCGUACUUGUGAAACAAAUAUUCAAUGUUUAGAACAAAUUUUAAAAAAUCUUCAUCGAUCAAAAAAUUCUCGUCUAAACAAUAUACAAGCUAUUGAAUUAUUACAAAAAUAUUUAUCCGAUUGGCAUGAUAUGCGACAGCAAGUUAAUAGUGAUCGAAAACGUGCACGUCAUUUAUUACAUAUAUCACAAGAAAUUAUUAAAUUAAAAUUACGUUUAGACGAAGAACUAUCUCAUAUCAAUACAACGUUUAAUCCUUCAUGGUUUGAUAAUAAUUCAUUAAAUCAAUUAAAAGAUCAAAUUUCCUAUGAAAUUGAUUUAGAAAAAGAAAAUCGUCAAAAAUUAACUUCAUUUUAUACCGAUCUUCAUCUAUCUGAAGAACAUUUAAAAGAAUACCGUAUGGCUUAUUCCGAUGCAUCAUUAUCAUUUAAUAUUGAUGAACAUUUACAUAAUAAUCGUUUAAUACUUGAACAAUUUUCAAAUAAAAUGGAUUCAUAUCGAAAUCAAUUACAUACAUUAUUAACAAUGAUUGAUAAUCUUCUAUCUAUUGAAAAUCAUAUUGAACAAAAAUUAACUUCAUUUGAUUAUCCAAUUGAACUUCAAGAAUUACAAACAUUAAUCGAUAAUUAUGAACGAAUGAUUCCAAAUAAUAAUAAUUCUUAUUUAAUUAUAAAAAAUCAUUGUGAAUAUAAAUUAGAUAUUUAUAAAAAAAUGUUUAAUGAUUUAAUACAUAAACAAGAUAAACAUGUUUCAUUUGAUCGUCCAAUUAAUUUUAAUAAUAAUAAUAAUUCAACAAAUAUUAAUUCUUCAACAACAUCAUCAACAUCAUCGACUCCACCAGAACAACAAUAUAUAAAAAAUCAUUCGAAUGAUAAUUUUCGAAAGAAAAAAACAAUAUUCAAUCAAUAUCGACAAACAGAAACUCGAGGUAUUCAACACAACAACACAACAAGUAAAAAAACAACCAAUAAACAAAGUACAACAUCGUCCUAUAUAUCAGAUGAUUGUAAAGUUUUAUAUAUAGAAACAGUUAUUGAAGUGCCUAAACCUAUUUUUUACGAACAUACAAUUAAUACAUUAUCAUCAUCAACAACAAAUACUGAACAUCAUCAUAAUCAUCACAUUCCACAUAAUAAAUUAAAUAGUCAACAACAAAUAUUAAAAUUAAAUAGAAAUCAAUUUUUUAUGGAUUCAACUAAUAAAAAUCAUGAUGACGAUUCAACAGAUGAUGAUUUAUAUGAUCAACAUACGAAACCGGUGAAUUCAUCAACAACAACAACAACAAUAAAUUAUCAUCCAAUAACAACAGAUCAUUUAAAGCAACAAGGUGAUAGUGGAAUUGAAUAUGAUCAAACAUCAUCAUCAUCAACAAUAUAUAAUCAACAAACAUCAAAUGAUCAAUUAAUAUUUCCAACAUCAAAUCAAAAUUUUGAUCCAACAUUACAACCAUCACUUAUUCAUCGUAUACAAAAGCAAUCAACAUUAAAAAAUAAAAAUCAACAGUUAUCAACAAAUAUAAAUCAACAAGAUACAUGUUGGAAUCAUUUUAAACAAACAUGGUUACGUUCACUUUUAAUUGGUCUUUUAAUUUUAUUCAUUUUAUUUCUUAUUUAUUUAUUUGCGCUUGAUACAUGUUCACGAUCAGCAAUUUUCCGAAGAAUGUUUAAUAGAAUUAUUUAUAUUGAACAACAAGGAUUACCGACUAUUUGA